AUGAGAAUAUUGGUGAUGAUCUGUUAUUUCAAUGAAUUAAUAAGAAUUGGUAUUAUUGACCUUGAUUUGUCAGCAUAUAAUAAGUUGUCUCUUUUAAACAAAUAUCGAAAUAAUCUCAAUAAUCUUAUUACAUCAUCUGAAAUUGAUGAAAGAAUAAUCAAAAGGAUUAAAAUCAUUUCCAAAUUAAAAUCAUUUCCUGAAAGUGAACAAAUAUUAAAAAAGUUUUAUGCAAAUGAUCGUAUUUACAGCAAUGAUUUAGUAGAUUCAAUACAAUUUGCAUUAAGAGCAUUUACAGAAAAAUUGACAAGAUUGUUUAGUUCAAAUCAAAACUUUUAUCAAAUCGAUCUGAGUGAAGGUCAUCUAAACAGACAAAUUUAUUUUGAUCUAGUAAAUGAUCUUUUCUAUGAUUCUAGGAUAUAUAAUGUUCAUUGUCAAAGGGAUACAGAAAUUUUAAUUAUAGAGCAAGCAAAAUAUAAAAUUGUUGAUGAUAAAUUUAAAGCAUGUAUUGAAAUGCAUGAUAUGUUAUAUCUUGUUGAAGAGUGUAAUAAAUCUGUAAAUUUAAGAGCUUUAAUAUUCCUUGAUUUGUUUCCUGUCAUGAACACUAUGAAAACAUUGAAGUUCAAGCAAUCGACAGACAGUGAUGGUAAUAGAUCAAACUAA